UCCUUAUAUCUGCACAAUAUUUGGGGGUUUAAACCCUGGGAAGAUGAUCCUAAUACAGGGGUACGUUGCCUUCAAUGCAAGCAGGUUCCAGGUUGACUUCCAAUGCGGUUGUAGCACAAGCCCAAGGGCUGACGUGGCCUUCCAUUUUAACCCUCGCUUCUCUGAUUCAGAGACCCACGUUAUCUGCAACACCCUACACAUGGGUCAGUGGUUAGAGGAGAAAUGUUAUUCCCGAGUUCCUUUCCACAGAUCUGAGUCCUUCCUGCUACUCUUCCUCUUUCAGGAUGAAGAAGUCAAGGUCAGCAUUGGCGGACAGCACAUUCUAGAAUUUAACUAUCGUGUUCCGCUGUGCGGUGUAGACACGCUUGGCAUAUAUGGGGAUGUCACCGUGAAGGACAUCGUGUUUCUGUGCUGUAAUCCAUACAAUAUUGAGAUGACCGAAUAUCCUGCAUGUGAGCCUCUGAAACUUGGCAGUACAGCCCUGGCAACACCCUUCUCCAGGUCUCUGCCCGAAGGGCUGUCUAUAGGUCACAUGAUCACAGUGCGAGGUUUAGCCAAAGUGGACCCAGAUGACAUUCACCUUCUGCUGAAAUCUGGAGACUUCAUCCCCUUCAAACUGACUGUCAACUUCCGAGACCAGUCCGUAUGUUACAAUCAUUUAAUGGGAGCGUCAUGGGGACACACUCAAGCGAUUCAGCCCCCUUUUUUCCCGUUUCACGCAGAGAGAUUCUUUGAGAUUUUAAUUCUUUCUGAAGAUGGCUUAUUCAAGCUAGCCAUAAAUGGGUACCCCAUGGGAGAAUUCACCCCUCCUGGACUGGAUUGUAAAGCUAUUAAGGAGAUCCAGAUAAUUGGCAGUGUAGAGUUGUAUACCAUCAGAUGCUGAUAUUCAUUUAUUCUGAUUGGCUGACAAGUGGCCUAAUGGUUCUUCUGUUAUGUGCCUUAUAAACAAGGAACUAGAAAAUACCUUUCUUGGCUGCAUUAAUCUUCUUUUCCUGAAUGAUGCCUUACUUGCUGUGUGGAUUGUCAACAGAACUAUUUUAUACAGAGUUAAAAGGCUAAAGAGUUGCUGUUUGGCUUUUUUGUGUGUAGUUCUCAGAAAUCUGGUCAAGUUCCUCAACCGUCUAUUAAAAGCUUUGUAUGUACAGAUUCUUCUAUCCAGAGAAGCAAUGGUUCAUGGGAAUAAAUAUAGCACCCUUUGCUCUA